UGCCACCUUGUUUUUCGCUCCGGCUGUUGUUUGUGCUAUGACCAUACGGAUUGUAGGGAGAAAUAUGUUUGUUAUAAACGCUCCCGAGGAAGAGGAGAAGUGCUCGGAAGCGCAGCUGGACAUCCUGCUCAAGAUUAACACCGGCGAGUACCGGCUAGUGAAGAAGAAUAAGCGCAGCUCCGUGUGGAACGUGUACCGGGAAAUAGCCCGUUCCGAUGGAACCAAGCUGAAAUGGAGGUACUACUGCAUCGGGUGCAAGCGGGUCAUGCAGUCCACAGGGGGCACAACCUCAAACCUCCGCAUCCACAAGUGCCAUGUGCGUUUCCUUAAACAUAAUGCCAAUUCCACCGGUGGCAAUGUCUCCUACAACCACGCCCCCGCGCCCACUGCCGCUGCUCAGGCGCCGCGCAACCAGAAAUCGACAAGCAAGCGACGUCCAACCUAUGCCACCAAGUGCGAUCGGUUCUACGAGGCCUCCACGGAUCCGCUCACCCAGUACAGCGACCUAGAGGACGAAAUAGAGACCCAUUUGGAGGAGGAGAUCGCCGUGGAGGUGACCGCAGAAUUGGAGCGUGACUUCGAAUCCACCAAUUCCCGACCCCUGCUUAAAUUGUUUUCCGAGGAUAACUUGUCGGCUGAACCAGAUUUGGAAGACGGUGAAACGGUGGAGAUGGAUGAGCAGGUGCCCAUCGAGCUGGACCUAACAGACAUCCAACAACCUGCGACGGACUUUAAAAAUGAGAAAAUCCAGCCCAAGUCAGCGGAAAACGGCGUCCAGUUCGACGCCAGCGCCCUGUCCGAAGCUGAAUCCUAUGCCAAGUCCUGGGCACACGCUUUCCUGCGGUUGAGCGAGGAGCAAAAGUUCUACGCCAAGCGAUCCAUAGAUGAACUUCUCGUUUUGGGGCGGCUAGAGCGGCUCAACAUUUCCACGGUUACAUCCUUGACCACAGACCUGUAGCACCUAACCGUGUGCUUGUAAGAUAUCUUCUUAGUCUAACACACUUAAUAAUACAGAAUAAAUUAUAUGCUUAAGCCA